AUGGCGGCGCUGAGCUCCCUGCUCGGCCUCCUCCUAUGGGUGUCCAUAGCGUGCCGGGGGGCACAAGGUUUCUACUUUAAAGUCGAAAAUGAGCUAAUCUCGAAGGAUACCGACAUGAAGCAGUGCUACCUCGAGCACUUCGUUAACUUCAAAGGACAAAUUGUGCAGGUGUGUCUAGACAAGAGACUCUCAAACGUGGUGACACUAUAUAACAUAAUGAUUAGCUCCUACGGGGAAGACAAGAAAUGGAAAGAGCACAGCAAAAUAUUGAAUAACUAUACGCAAAAAAUGCUCCGAUAUUUUUACAGCUUCACAAAUGAGGAGCAGCUCGUCGUGGUGUUUUGCUUUAACAAGAAUCUUACGAGUCCACCAUACGAAUGCUACAGAAGCAUCACUGAUGAUUUGAAGACGUUGCAAACGGACAAGAUAGAGAUCGACUUGCAGAUGUUUCAGCCGUCUUCCUUCAGUGACUACGCGAUGAGCUCCUUCGAACUCUUCGGCGUGGGACACUUCCUCAUUUGCGGGGUGAACACGAAGCGGAACAACAGGCCCAACGUGGGGCUGCUCGUGAUCUGCCACGCCAGCGCGGAUGGGGGGCUCACCUGGGGGAGACGACUCCACUUCUACCACCCCAACAUGGACAAGCACACGGCGUACGAAAGCCUCGUGCCGAAGAUCAGCGGAAAUGAAAUCGGCUUCCAGUACCUCGCCUCCAAGGUAUCCCUCACUAAGUAUCUCAAGUGUUCAUACAAAAAGGACCACGACUUCGAGUGCCAAGAUCUUAACCUGGUGAGAGAACAAAGUUACAUUUGGGACCUUGCCAAAAUGAGGGGUUACUAUGUGGCUCCUCUGUCGGACGGAAAGGCUCCACCAUGCACUCUGUACUAUAUGUACAGGAACACCUACUUGAUGCCGUUAGAGGUGCCAAAAAGUAUUGGAGCAGAGUACCACCGGGGCAAACUCUUCCAAUUGGAUAGUCAGAGGCUGAUUUAUAACUACACUAAUGAGAAGGAAGCAUACACGUACGUCUUGUCGCACGUAGGGACAGUCAAGUACUGCACGCUCAUGUAUAUAAAGAAGGAUCAUAUGAAUGCAGGAUUUGUCAAACGGGACAACAAAUACUACUGCGAUGUGAACUACGACGAUUUAACCGUCGAAGGGGAGGAUCGAUUCUUCACCGUGAGCAUCUACAACGGAGUCAGACAAGACAUACGAAAAUGCUUCUACUUAAGAUACGACAAUAUGUUAGAACCCGUCAACAUUGUCCACAAAAUUGAGAGCGUCUACGAAUACAGCAACUUUAAACUCUAUACAUUGUAUAUCAAAAAAGAUCUGGAAAAAUAUUUCCUCAAAGAUAUGACAUUGGAAUGCUACUUAGGAGAAGACUUCUACCUUUCUCUUCACAUCAACUAUAAGAGUAAUUUUAUUCUCGACAAUACAGAUGUGAAACAAUCGGUUGUAAACCUCUACCCGAACAAUAUUAUAUACUUUAAACUACCAGAUGCGCGAUCUCAAAAUCUGCUAAAGAGCGUCUCUUUCCCUCCGAAUACGAGAUACAUCAAGGUAGACGAUUACUACUACAUAUUUAAGCUGCCUUCUUUUAUUCCCUCCAAGUCGACUACUCAGAUGCUUUUCCUCAGUAACAAUGGGUCUCAGAAAACACAGAAUAAGAAUGUCUCUUUCCAUGCGGGGGGGGUGGAGGAACCCAUCUUAGGUGUCGACUUCUCCAGCAAAAAUAACAUCUGCGAAUAUGCUGGAGUUAAAAAUAACUGCGAUAAGGUAGAGGUUAACGGCAACAAAGUCAGCGUCACGGUUAACAUGGGGGUGGAGACGGAGCCAGCCACGCAAAUCACCCUUGGUAUCAUCUGCCCCGUUAACAAGAAGAACAAAAACACCUGCUUCAACGAAAUUUACGAUAACAAGAAAAAGGUUUUCAUUCGGGAUUACCUCAAGGACAGCAAGGGAUUUCUCACCAUAUAUCCAAAGACCUACGUCCACAGCUCCUCUCCAGGGGGAGAACUUUUCGAGGAGUCCAUUCUGGUCUUGACUGCUGAAUUCAUCAACCUGUACAAUAGAAAUCGGGCCAAGUAUAAUAGCUCCUUCCACUGCAAGUGCCACGCGAAGAACAAGGCCUACGAGGUCACCUUCAGCUUCGCCUAG